AUGUCCUCAUCAUCCAGCUCCUCGCAGACCCCCGCCUCCCACCACCAGCCUCCGCCGCAGAGGAUGAGGCGCGGCGCCACCGGGUCCCCCACUGCCGGCAGCGGCACGAUCGGGGGCCCAGGUAACGGCGCAGGGGGAGGCUCAGCGGGUACCAGUCGGCUGCUUCAGCCCAUCCGAGCGACCGUCCCAUACCAGCUCCUACGGGGCAACCAGCACAGCCCCACCCGGUCCCCCUCGGCCUCGGUGGGCAGCAAUACCGGGCCGGGGGGCGGCGGCGGAGGCGGGGGUCGCGGCGGAGGCAGCCCGCCGCCGCCCAGCGCGACUCCGCCGUUGGCGGCGGGAGGCGGCGCGGCGGAGCCGGGCAGGGUGAAAGGCAGGCAACGGCGUUCGCCCGAGAGCAGCAGCGGCAGCAGGAGGAGCAGCUCACCUGAGAGACGGAGCCCCAGCUCCCCGGUGUACAGAGUGGACAGGCCAAAAUCCCAGCAAAUCAGAACUUCUGGUACCAUAAGGCGAACCUCUUCUUUGGACACAAUAACAGGACCUUACCUCACAGGACAGUGGCCACGUGAUCCCCACGUACACUACCCUUCAUGUAUGAAAGAUAAAUCUACUCAGACACCUAGCUGCUGGGCUGAAGAGGGAGCAGAGAAGAGAUCCCAUCAGCGCUCAGCAUCAUGGGGAAGUGCUGAUCAACUGAAAGAGCAGAUUGCCAAACUGAGGCAGCAGCUUCAACGCAGCAAGCAGAGCAGUCGUCACAGUAAGGAGAAGGAACGUCAGUCACCUCUCCAUGGCAACCACAUAGCAAUCAGUCAGACUCAGGCUUCUAUUUCCAGAUCAGUCCCUAUGCCACUGUCAAACAUUUCAGUGCCAAAAUCAACUGUUUCACGUGUGCCGUGUAAUGUAGAAGGAAUAAGCCCUGAACUGGAGAAAGUAUUCAUUAAGGAAAACAGUGGAAAAGAAGAAGUAUCCAAGCCUUUGGAUAUCCCCGAUGGUCGCCGAGCCCCGUUACCUGCUCACUACCGCAGCAGCAGUACGCGAAGCAUUGACACUCAGACUCCCUCUGUCCAGGAGCGCAGCAGCAGCUGCAGCAGUCACUCACCAUGUGUCUCUCCCUUUUGCCCUCCUGAAUCUCAGGAUGGGAGCCCUUGCUCAACAGAAGAUUUACUCUAUGACCGUGAUAAAGACAGUGGGAGUAGCUCACCGUUGCCCAAGUAUGCCUCAUCUCCCAAACCAAACAACAGCUACAUGUUCAAACGAGAGCCCCCAGAGGGAUGUGAGCGAGUGAAGGUCUUUGAGGAAAUGUCGUCUCGUCAGCCUAUCUCAGCCCCUCUCUUUUCAUGCCCUGACAAAAACAAGGUUAAUUUCAUCCCAACCGGAUCAGCUUUCUGUCCUGUAAAACUUCUGGGCCCCCUCCUUCCCGCUUCAGACCUGACGCUGAAGAACUCUCCAAACUCUGGCCAAAGCACAGCUUUGAGCAGCCUGACUGUCGAGCAGCUUUCGUCUCGGGUCUCGUUCUCAUCUCUGUCAGAUGACACCAGCACAAUGGACUCCACAGAGGUCCCGGCACAGCAACCGUCCCAGCAGCAGCAGCUGCAGCAGCCGCAGCAGCAGCAGCAGCCACCACUCCUGCAGGAAAUCCAGGCUGAAGACCAUUCCUCUCCUCAGAGCUACGUGUUGAUCUAGACCAAGGUGGAGCAGGCCUCUGCCCUGAGGAGAUGACACUGCAUGAGGUGGCAGCCUUUUGGCAGCCUUUUGAAAAGAACAUGGAAUACUUAACAGCAUUAAAAAAAAAACAACAAAGUUGUUCUUGGCAGGGACAGAAUUCAUACUCAGCAUUUCUGGCGAGAGAGCAGUAAUGCCUUCAGAACCCAUAUAUCAUUAAGAGUUUU